AUGGUAGCAGACAAACGCAGCAAAGCAGCAGCCAGCAAGCCUCUUGCCCAAAGCAUUCAUGAUUUACUUUGUGUUUCAGAGCAAAUAGCAUUUGGAGCAGCACUGGGACCUCAUGGAACUCAGGGUCCACAUAACACUGAGAUUACCCUGGUUUACAUGGACGUUUUUGCCAAUGCUGGGAAUGCCUACAACCCGGCUACAGGUAUCUUCACUGCACCAGUGAAAGGAGUCUACUACUUCAGCUUCUCUGCUCAUAAUUACUCCAGCAAGCCCAUGGGUCUCAGACUAAUGAAGAAUGGCCAUCAGAUGGUGACAGUGUACAAUCAUGCUGCAGGUAAUCGCUAUGAGACAGCAACCAAUGGGAUGAACCUGCAGCUAGAGAAGGGAGACCACGUGUACGUGCGGCUCAUGGCAAACACCUGGAUUAUGGAUAAUCACAAUCACCACAGCACUUUCAUUGGCCAUUUGCUGUUUCCACUGUAAAAUGGCAAUGUCUGCUCUUUUGAUGUCUUCACUCUGUUUCUGGUGUGUGGGGUUAACAUGAUCUAAUUGAAUCAGUAGUUCUAUGGUAAAUCAGGAAGGAUAAAUUAUAUGAAUGAUUACAGACUGUAGGCCUCUCUUAUAGUUCAGCAUGUCACUGCAAUAAAGAUGCUGUAUGAAUAGUUAACUAUUUGAAAA